GUAAAACAGCUGAUCAAUGAUAACAAAAUUGAAAUAUUAUCUCUCACGUUGAUUAUCCAAUAUCCAUCAGAGUAACCACGGAGCACGGACUUCACAAGACCGUGAGUAACUCGCGGACUUAGAUACUUAGAUAGGUCUAUCUUAUUUUAGCCCGUAUCCCACCCAUACAGUUAUUUAUUAUUACUUACAUAAUAUAUGUGUCUGACAGAUCUCACAGAAUCUAAUAACCGCUUUAUCAUGGUGCAAAAUCGCGGGAAUUCGAAAAAACCAGAGUUAAAAUGUGAUAACAAAUUUGAUAAUAUCACAAAAUAUUUUUAAAUUCAAUCCUAUAUAGUACCUAAGUUUUAAUUGUAAUUAUUAUUUUUUUAAGUCCAUGGCCCACUGUCACAUAUUUCAAUAUUUUUUUAAAUAUAAGACUUAGUAUACUACAUAACAUGUUUUUUUUUUAAAUUAUUAUUAUAAAAAGAUAGUUAACUUUUAAUCAAAAUAAUGAAGUUUCGCGGAAAAAUCAUUGAUCCACAUUGCAUGAAACAGUUCUACAGCAUUGUUAUUAUUUUAUCCAAGUUAUGUAGAAAUGUAGUUUUGAGACUGAGUUCUACUAAGUUAUACUUAAUUGCUCCAAAUGAAUCGAGCAGUAAUCAAAUUAGUGUUUGGUCUGUAUUAGAUCAACAAUCAUUUUUUAAAGACUAUGAUAUGAUUGGUGAAACGGAAUCUAAUGAAAUUUUAUUCAGUUUACCAAUUGAUAUGCUUGCAUCUUCAUUGAGUUCAGCAAAACAAACAAACUUAAAAACUCUCAAGAUGAAACUUACUGAUAAACUAUCUCCGUGUCUAACUAUUGAAUUGGAUCUGGAGUCUCAAGUAUCUAGUAAACAGUUGUGUACUCAUGAUAUUCCAGUUACUGUUAUACUCCCAAAGGAUUGGUCAGAAUAUAAGGAGCCAACCAUACCUGCUCAUAAUAUUAGUGUUGUUAUGCCAUCAAUACGAGUAGUACGGCACAUUGUUGAUAAAAUGAAACGUAUUGGUCCCAGGUUAAUGGUAUCAUUGAAUGCUUCUGGAAAAAUGGUUUUAGGAGUUUCGAAUUUAUCAGCCACAGUCGACACACAUUUUAAUGGUCUUGAGAUAGUUAAUGUACAAAAUUCAACUGAUAAAGAAAUUAAAUAUUCUACAGUAGUUGAUAUCAAAAAAUUUUCACAAUUUUUAAAUUGCGAAACAUUAAACUUGUCAAAAAUAUUAUGUCAUGUAGUAGAAGGACUGCUAUUACAUUGCUCGAUUGAAGAAGAUGAAUAUGUAUUACAUUAUUUCUUGAGUGGUAUUGAUGAUUAACGUAAAAAUAUUAAAUUUGUAAAUAAAUAAUUUUAUUAU